AUGCCUCUUCAGGAGCCUAGUGAGCGAGAACGCCGUAGUUACUACUAUGGCCUUCCAAGCUGCCCUAAGCUAGUCGCCCGUUCCAGCACCGCGCCCUGGAACCAGCCCUACGAGUGGCCUGACCGCAAGAGACUCUAUGUUGCUACCGGACACGCGAUCCAACAGCCAUGGAAUGACCCGAACAGCCCUUUGCAACGCCUCAUCAUCGCCACGCUCGAUGGCAUCGACUGGACCGCUAUUGACAUCUUGCGCAUCGGGUAUAAAAGCUUCGGGGACGAUUAUCGGCGGAUACCAGAGCUUCCUGUUACCAUGCUCAUUUCCGUGUCCACGAACUCGACCACGUUCCAAGAGGCAGAAGCAGUGAUCAUUGCUUGCAAAGAAAUACUCGCCCGCUUCAAUCUCGACGAUGUUGAAGUCGAGAUUAAAGAAAGCGUCAUCACCACCGCUGCCUCGAACUCAAGCUUAGCUUCGCCCGACCCGACUACAGGCAGGGAGCACCCGCGCCUCGAUCCCGGCCCCUUUGACAAGGACUUCAUCGACAUCAAGUACAGACACCUCCACAAUAUCUCAGAGUACAUGGGAACAUCGAUUGAUUCGCCCUCUGAGUUCAAACAAGGGACAAAGUACCUCUACCUACAAGGCAACAACGGCAAAACGUAUGCACUUACAUGUCGACACACUCUUUUCUCGGAAAGUUAUCUCAAGGAGUACCGCCACGGCGAUGGGAACGACACCAAAUACGUACGUCAGCCUGGAAGCAACAGUCUGAGCAGACUAGUUGAACGCUUCAAGGUUGCAAAGGGAGGAAUUGAUGAGACCAUUGUGGAGAUGGCCAAGCCCGCUUAUGCGGACCCCAAAUGCCAGGCGAAGCUCCCAGACUUCUUGCAAGAGCAACUCCUGCUGCAGUCUUGCCAGCCUCGCAUGGAACAGUUUUAUGGCGAGGUCAGCGCAGUUGUUGGGCAUGUUGAGUUCUCGCCUCCUAUCGGACUUUGCUCUCAAGGUCUCAGAGUUAGAGGUUGGGCUCUGGUCGAACUAGCACAGGAAAGCUUUACCACCAAUCUCAGCAAACUACGAAAUAAGAUCCCAGUCACGAAAAAGCUCCAAGACCUGGUCGGUAAUGUCCCUGUUUUACCCGCCCGGCGUCCACUGUGGCUACGCUUUUCCUCUAAUGAAGUCGCUAUUGGACCUGAUCUUAUCCCUGAGUGUGAACUGAAAGGCACUGCACCAAGCCCAUCUGGUGAAACACUCUUCGUCAUAAAGCACGGCCUCAAAACCAAAUUCACCAUCGGAAUUGCCAAUGGAAUCCACUCUGUCGCUCGCUACACCUCUGACAUUGGAGAUGUUAUCUCCAGUGAAUGGUGCAUUAUUGGAACGAACGGCGAUGCCUUCUCUGACGCAGGAGACUCAGGAGCUUGUGUCUUUGACCCUGACGGGCGAAUCGGUGGAAUGAUUACCGCCGGCUUGAAAAGUCAGGACUAUAUCUAUGGCUAUGAUGUGACCUAUGCGGCGCCUAUGCAGUGGCUUUUGGACGAAGUCAAGAAAGAAGGCUAUGAUCUAAAGCUACCUAACUAG